AUGUCUGAUGACGGUAUCGUUAAGCAUGUCGAUAUAUUAUCGUCACCUUCUAAGGCAAGAGGUAAAGUUACUUGCCGUGUAGUCUCUAAGAGGAGAUCUACUCCGGUUCCAGAUGGACUUGAUCGAAAGAGAUCUCCGAAGAAGAAUUUAUUGGAAAGAAUUGAAAGGAGUCCAACUCCUGGCGGCAUUUGGCAAGAGUCCUCCGAUCUAUCAUCGUCAGAAUCACCAAUUGGUAAAAGAAAACGCAGUGAGUCUCGCAGGACGAAGUCUCAAAAUGAUGAUAAAGAAGAGGAAGAAGAUAAUAAUGACGAUGGUGGUGACGCCUACGUAUCCAAUGGAGAUGAAGAAGAUAAAUUAGAUAGGGAGAACAAGCGCCAUCGGAGACUGCCGUCUAGAUCAGAAACUCCAAUUCCCGUGUUGGCCAGUCCCGUAAAGACUACUGAGAGUGAAAAUGAAGUAUCUAUAACAACUACUCCUCAGAAGAAAACGCCCAAGAAGACUUUGAGUACGGAGCAUGACUUUACAUCACCAUUGAAAAAAGUCAUUUUAAGCAAUUUGGAUGAAUACAAGAAUACAGCAUCGAGUGAAAAUCUAAAAUUGAGUAGAAAUUUCGUCCCCACCCCAUUGCCAACUGCCAAGGAAAAAUAUGUACCGACUACGACGGAUAAAUCGAUGAGUUCAUUUUUCGAUACUUUUGAAGGAUAUUUUGAUCAAAGGAAGCAAUUGCGUGGUAGUCAGAAAUCUAAGAACACCAUGAGUAUGGCAACAGAUGUCACUAGAGAAGAAUUUGCAUUAAUUUCUAAUACGUUUCACGGAAAACUACACAGAGCCGCCCGUGAUGGACUCUAUGAAAUUCAAACUAGGUUGUUUCCACAAUACUGGUUUGAAUUAACUCAAGGUUUUUCACUUUUAUUCUAUGGGGUAGGUUCUAAAAGAGAAUUUUUGGAAAGAUACGUAUUUGAAUACCUUGCUCCUAAUCUGGUUUCUGACGAAAGCAGUGUGGGGGUUCCAUGUGUGGUUGUUAAUGGGUACAAUCCGACGUGUAAUUACAGAGACGUCUUUAAGGAUAUUUCACGGGCGCUCUUACCACAGGAACUAAGUCGAAAUGAGACCAAGUAUUGGGGGAACCACGUAAUUUUGCAAAUUCAAAAAAUGAUUGAACUUUACAAAAAUGAACCACCGGACAUUAAACUAGUUAUUGUAAUUCACAAUUUAGAUGGACCAAGUCUAAGAAAGGACAAUUUCCAAACGAUGUUAUGCUAUUUGGCACUGAUACGACAAGUCGCCCUCGUAGCAUCCACGGAUCAUAUUUAUGCUCCCAUUCUAUGGGAUAAUUUCAAAGCCCAAAAUUACAACUUUGUUUUUCACGAUGUUUCCAAUUACGAACCAUUAGCGGUAGAAUCAUCGUUCAAAGACGUUAUGAAGAUGAAUAGAAACAACUCUGCAAGCGGUGCUGAAGGUGCUAAAUUCGUGUUAGAAUCUCUAACGCACAACACGAAGAGAAUGUACAAGGUUCUAUUAGAGACACAAAUCUCUAAUAUGAACUCGCAUGCAUCAAACGCUAGAGGCCAAGUACCGCCAACGAAGCGUGGAUCGCCGACAGUGGGCGUAGAACUAAAGCAGCUUCUACAUCUGUGUUCAGCAGAAUUCGUCGCGAGUAAUGAAAUUUCUUUGAGAAGCAUGCUUACGGAAUUUGUUGAACAUAAGAUGGCCGCCAUCUCAAAGAAUCCAGCGGGUACGGAACACGUUUGGAUUCCUUACAAUUACUCAGAGAUAAACAAGUUGUUAUCAACAGUAAUGCAAAGCAUAUGA